AUGAAUCCGUGUACACCACCAACUCGAGAACGUGGAGAUGACGAUCUCAGUUUCAUGGAACAGUUUCGAUAUAUCAAUGGGAGAAGAUAUCACAACGUGGAAAAUGUAUCUUACUUCUUACCAAACGAUAACGAAGAGGCCGAUAGACAAUGCAUGCAACAUUAUCUGAUUAGACAUAUCUGGAAUGGAAAUUUCUCCUCUCCCGUCAUGGAGAGGUUGACCUCCGGACACGCGAAUGUUCUUGAUGUUGGCUGUGGCUCAGGGUCAUGGAUAUUGGAUGUCUCUUCCACUUAUCCAUCAUCAACAUUUGUCGGAGUGGACAUUUCAAACAUGUGGAAAAAUCUCAAAGACACGACAUCAAAUGCUGGAUUCUUGGUUCACAAUUUGGUCCAAGGUGUUCCUUUUCCAGAGGGGAUCAUGGACUUCAUACACGUUCGAUUCAUGGGACACUCGUUUAGCGAGUCGCGUCGAAUCAAGUUGAUUAACGAAUUAAUCAGAGUUUGCAAGUCUGGUGGGUGGAUCGAGAUUAUGGAUGUCGAGUGUGUGCCAACGAAUGUGGGGCCAACCACGAGGCUGCUUGUAAAUUCGUGUGAUUAUCUUUUGACGAUUCCCUCCCUCCCUCUCUCUUCGUCGUACAUCUCCUCGACUUCUCACUCUUUUUCGUUUUCCCAUCCAGUGAUACAAUUUCAUAAAUCGAAAGGGUGUAAUAUUCCUUUGGCGGAAGACCUUGAAGGAUGUCUGGAACAUAACGAUCAAGUUACCGACGUACGAAUUGAGAAAAAACAAACCCCCCUAGGCAAUUGGGGUGGAAAAGUCGGAGAUAUCGCCUUGUUGGAAUUCAAUCACCUUUUCAAAGCUUACAAGGCGUUCCUCGCUCCAUACAUGAAUCUGGACGACGAGCAAUACCAGCAAUUAAUCAAAGAACACAGUCGACAGGUCAACAAAUAUAAAACGAGUUUUCAAACUUUUCGAAUUUACGGAAGAAAGAGUGCACCGAUACAAGAUAAACGUUCAGUCAAACAACUAGUCGAAGAAAUUUAUUCAUUAAUACAUCCUACCAUACAUCCAUUGGAUGCUUCCGAUCGAGUUCUUGUUGCAAUUAUCAAAGCAUUGAUCGCCAUUAAGAAUGAACCCACUAAUCCCAGGCAAUUAGCUACGUGCAUCCAGAAAUAUGGUUUUACGACACUUGGUGGAAGCACUCCUUAUGCGACAGUGUCAGGGCACAUCUCUACUCACUUCACUCGAGUACGACAAAAGGUAGUGCCUCGACCAAUUCUCGGGAAAAUACAUCAUCCCACCCUAAAGAAUAAAAUAAAUUAUUAUUUAUUGGAUCCGGACAACAUUCUACGAAAUCUUUUGACUCAACAUUUUCCAUCGCCGGGCGUUGUAUCUUCGUCGUCCUCUCCCUAUACUAUCACCGCACCGACGACGGUUCACUCUCAACAUCAACAACCCAUUUCGCCACCCACCUCACCGCAAUCGUCAAAUUACCAGGAUUCGGUGGUACUAAUUGAAAAUCCUCAACAAACUUCUGUGGUGGGAUCACCAUGCCAAUCGGAUGAAGGUAGCCCUUCCCAUCAUCACCGCUUUCACGCUUCCCCACCAAUAAACAAAAGGAACGAUGGGUUUCGAACUUUCACACCCGACAUCGCAGAAAAUGUCUAUUCCGAUCGGUCGACCUCACAGGAGCAACAACUUCAGCAAACGAUGAACAAUGAGACCUUGAUGUAUACAGGGUAUAAUGACCAUGAGAUGGAAAUCACGUCGACGGGUAGUUUUGACGAGAUGGAUCCGCUCAUAUCGCCUAGCGGAAAGAAAAGAAGGGCAUCUGAGAAUGGGGACAGGCGCGAUACCACCAGACCCCGGAACAUGCCAAGGCCAACCCCGGUGUUUCUAACAUUUCCCCAAUAUUUCCUAUCAAAUCACAACCAACAGCAAACACGAAACCCUUGUCAACCUCGCGUACCUCUGACGCCAGAAAUUUAUUUAAGCAAUAUAAAUGGUCUGGAGGUUUUUGUCACGAAUGUCAAGGUGAGCGGGAAUGAGAAUGAGGUUAGACUGAUACGUCGAGUGGACACAAACUGUGUGGACAGAUGGUCGUUAUUGUCGGCCGGCGGACGUAAGCCGAGGAAUAGUGAUCAAAGAUGGAUCACGCUGGAAGAUGCACAAUCACUGGCGGCCAAAUUAGACAUCGAAAAAAGUCUCGGUUUGUUUCUCGAUCCGAGACUUUAUGACUAUUUCGACAUUGACCUGGACCUUCCGGCAUCAUCGGGUGCAUGUUGUGGUCCGUUGGCAGGGUUCGCGUAUUGGUUUCAAUGUGUGAAUCCUAAAAAGAUCUUUUUGGGGUGA